GUUUCCCGGGAGAUCCUAGGCGGUGACAGAGCCGGGCCAUGGCUAGAGGCAGGAAGAUGUCCAAGCCCCGCGCGGUGGAGGCGGCGGCGGCGGCGGCGGCGGUGGCAGCGACGGCCCCGGGCCCGGAGAUGGUGGAGCGGAGGGGCCCGGGGAGGCCCCGCACCGACGGGGAGAAUGUAUUUACCGGGCAAUCAAAGAUCUAUUCCUACAUGAGCCCCAACAAAUGCUCUGGAAUGCGUUCCCCCCUUCAGGAAGAGAACUCAGUUGCACAUCACGAAGUCAAAUGCCAGGGGAAGCCAUUAGCUGGACUCUGCAGGAAACGAGAAGAGAAAAGAAACAGUGGGAACGCAGUACGGAGCGCCAUGAAGUCUGAGGAACAGAAGCUCAAAGACGCCAGGAGAGGUCCCCUGGCACCUUUUCCAAACCAAAAAUCUGAAGCAGCAGAACCUCCAAAAACUCCGACCUCGUCUUGUGAUCCUCCCAUUACGGCUAUCGCCAAGCAAGCCCUGAAGAAGCCCAUCAAGGGCAAACAGGCUCCUCGGAAAAAAGCUCAAGGAAAAACACAACAGAAUCGCAAACUCACGGAUUUCUACCCCGUGCGAAGGAGCUCCAGGAAGAGCAAAGCUGAGCUGCAGUCUGAAGAAAGGAAAAGAAUAGACGAGUUGAUUGAAAGUGGGAAGGAAGAAGGAAUGAAGAUUGACCUCAUUGAUGGCAAGGGCAGGGGUGUGAUCGCCACCAAGCAGUUCUCCCGGGGCGAGUUUGUGGUAGAGUACCACGGGGACCUCAUCGAGAUCACCGAUGCCAAGAAGCGGGAGGCUUUGUAUGCACAAGACCCCUCCACGGGCUGCUACAUGUACUAUUUUCAGUAUCUGAGCAAAACCUACUGCGUGGAUGCAACUAGAGAGACAAAUCGCCUGGGAAGACUGAUCAAUCACAGUAAAUGUGGGAACUGCCAAACCAAACUGCACGACAUUGACGGCGUGCCUCACCUCAUCCUCAUCGCCUCCCGAGACAUCAAGGCUGGGGAGGAACUCCUGUACGACUAUGGGGAUCGCAGCCGGGCUUCUAUCGAAGCGUACCCCUGGCUGAAGCAUUAGCCUCCCGGCUCCCCCAUCCUCCCUUCUUCCAUGGACAAAGUGCCCUCAAAGGGAAUUGAUUUUUUUUUUUUUUUUACACACUUAAUCUUAGCAGAUUACUUCAGAUGUUUUUAAAAAGUAUAUUAAGAUGCCUUUUCACUGUAGUAUUUAAAUAUCUGUUACAGGUUUCCAAGGUGGACUUGAACAGAUGGCCUUAUAUUACCAAAACUUUUAUAUUCUAGUUGUUUUUGUACCUUUUUUGCAUACAAGUCAAACGUUCGUGCUUCCCGUGCAUGCAGUCAAAGACGCAGCACAGGUUUUAGAGGAAAGAGUGAACAUGAACUAGGAAGCUGGGUGACUCCCACCUCCCGCCGAAGAGCCAGGACUCUCCUCCCCACACCCCUGCCGGCGGGCCGUGCACGAGUCCCAGAAGACGCUGCUGCCCGAGGCCUCAGGCCUGGCCAGGGGUGUUCCCAAGCUCUUGUUUUCCUGACGUCUGGACAGGCGCACAUAUAAGUGUAUGAAUAUUUUUUAAAAAGGUUUUGCAGUAAGCUAGUCUUCCCCUCUGCUUUCUCGAAAGCUUACUGACCCAGUGGCCCCCAGGUGCGGGCCGGGCCUCGGUUUACUCUUCCAUAGGCUGCCGCUUUUCCGGGCACCUUGAAGCAUCAGGGCGGGUCAUCAGAGUAGAUGUGAGCAGGGAAAAAGCAUUGCUUGCCUCGCCCUGCCAGGGCAGGAUUUCCCAAAACUGGGUUGAUUCUUUAUAGAAAUGUGAACACUGAAUUUAUUUUAAAAAAAUAGUAAUAAUAAAAAUUUAAAAAUUUAAAAAGACAAAAAAAAAAAAAGAAAAAAACCACAGUAAACAACUUACAUGUAUAUAGGUCUUGAAGUGAAUGAAGUGGCUGCGUUUUUUUCUUUUCUUUUUCUUUUUUUUUGUUUUUGUUUUUGUUUUUGUAGAAGAGAUUUGAGAUGGUACUCUAUUCUAAUCAAAAAAGUUUUGUAGCGGGACCAGAAAUUACUUACCCAUGACCCACCCACCCCACCCUUCACCCUCCCCACCAGAUUCCAAUUGGUUGAAAGUUCCAGACCUGCUGUCAGGCUUUCUGUUUGUCAGACCACCUGGUGUCCUUCCUGCAAAAAAAUGAAGAUGCAGCCAUGAACCGAAGGGGGAGCCUGCAGACCCGAAAUGCAGGGCCCCCACCCCAGCCGCCGUGCCGGGUGCCUUGCUGGGUGUCUUGCUGGGUGCUGGCUACCAGCGGAGUGGGCAGGCCCAGCAGCCCAGGGAUCAAGGCUAAGCAUAAAGUCUUCACCUCGACGGUGACGCAGGAGGAGUAGGUAGCUUCCUCCUCCCUCCUGAAGGGGGACCUAUUCUCACUCUAUUAACCUGCAGUCCAGGGGGCCGCGGCUCUGGAGCCUGGACCUGGGGUCUCCCAGCCUCCCCUGGUCCCAGGUAAUGUGAACAGAGGCAGGUGUGAGAGCCUGUCGUCACCUUGAUGCCCCCGGCCUCACCACGGUGCUACCUAAGAAAGUCUUCCCCCCAUCCCGCACUUGCCUGGUCAGUGAUCAGAGAAUUGGAGGAGGAUCCGACGGAGUGUGUAAAUGUGAGAUAAAAUGUCUUGGUUGUACCUGUUAGUGGUUUAGCUUUGUAUUUAAAAAAAAAAAAAAAGGAAAUAACUUGAAAAUUAUUUGUCAUCAUAAAAAUGAAACAAAAAUUAAAAUAUUUAUUGCCAGGCGAGGCCA